AUGGACAAAUCUGUGGAUGAAUUUGAAAUAACACAAGGACAGAAACAUGAAGAGGAUGUAACAGCUGAAAACCAGACCAAGAAUGUAAUGGAGGAGACCCAGGUCCUACACAGAGCUCCUCUAAGAGGACAACACACCUCCAUUACAACAUCCAAAUCCACUAGAGCCAGCAUGAGACUGAACCAAGUACAAAGGUCUUGUGUUGAGGCUGACACACAAGAACAUGGACCAGACACUGAGCAACAUCAGAACGCAGAGAUAGAUGAUGCAGUGGUAGAGACAGGAGUGAAAGAGUAUUUGGCUGAGGGUACAAAUGAAGCAGAGAACCAAGAGGCAAUCAAUACAGAGACAUUAGACAAAGCUGCUACAGAGGAACUGUCAAUAGCAUGUGUAGUACCAGAGAUUCCCCCUGAGGAAGUAGACAAUGACGAUGCCCAGUCUGAAACUAAGAUUGUUCCAGAGGUUCUUCAGCCUGCCCCAUCUCAAACCGACAACCCUGAAGUGGCCCCUGAAGAGGCCCCAGAAGAGGCCCCAGAAGAGACCCUCGAUACAGCUGCAGUCACUGAUGAAGCCUUGUGUGUGACAACAACAGAGCAUGAAAGCCUUCCAUUUACAGAGGGCAAAACUGAAGUGGUUGAAGUGAUUGAAACAAGAACUAUGAGAAGUGGGGCUAGACCCAACAACACUGUCGCAACCCCAAGAACCACUCGAAGUAGAAAACAGAAUGUAGAGGAAGAGAUUGUUGAAAGAACAACCAUAAAACAAGGUAAGAAGUCAACUGGAAGGAAAGAAAUAAGCAGGUCUAAGUGGCAAACCCAGGAGCUUAAAACUUCUUCAGCAGAGGAAGAUAUGACAGACCAGAUGUCCAUACCAGCCAACGUUAGUGAAGAUGGGGCUAAUAAGGAUGAACUAGUCAAGCAUUCUGAAUCUCCAGUGGUUACAGAAACACAGGAUACUGUUUCAGAGAAGGACAGCAAAGAUCAAGAACCUGCAUUCAUACAGGAGGAUACUUUGCAUAAAGACGAAGAAGAGGUAAAAGGUGAGACAGACAUCACAGAGGAAGAGAACUUUGUAGGAAGUUCUAGUACUGAGGCUGUAGAGGAGCAAAAGAACGAGGAUGAAUCAUCUAUAGCUGAAGUAGAAUCUGUUCUACUAAACACUACAGAGUCAGAUGAGAGCACUAUGGAGAUCGACAAGGAGUCCCAGCCUGAAGCUGUGAUGGAACUCAACGUAGAAGAAUCAGGCAUAGAUAAAGAGGCUGAACAAGAAUCUGUUCCAGAACAAUCAGACGAAACAACACCAGUAGUAGAGAUCAGAUCUUUAAGAAGUGGACCCAAGAGUGUCACAUCUACACCCAGACGCAGACUCUCAGCAGGAAAACAGACAGCUAAACCAGAGUCACCAGACAGACCACAAGGGGAAACACAAAAUGAACAAGACUUCACAGAGGAGCAAUCAAAUGAAUGUGCAGCACCAGAGAAUUCCUCUGAGAUUACACACAAUGAAGAUGCCCAGUCUGAAACUAAGACUACUGAGGUAGUAGACAAUAAUGAUGCCCAGUGUGAAACUAAGGUCACUGCAGAGAUUGUUCAGUUAAUCCCAUCUCAAACCAAGGAUCCUGAAGAACCCCAUGAAGAAUGUCCUGAAGAUGUCUCUGAUGCAGUUGUAGCCACUGAAGAGGCCCCACCUGUAGUCAUAACCGAGCAUGAAAACCUUUCAUUCAGUGAAACUGAAGUGGUUGAAACAAGAGCUCGAAAAAGUACGGCCAGAUCCAUCAACACAGUUCUAACCCCCAGAAUAACCAGAAGUAGUAAACGAAAGGUAGAGGAAGAGGUUGUUGAAAAAAGAACCAUAAAACAAAGCAAGAAGUCAACUGGAAGAAAACGAGUUAGCAGGUCUAAGACACAAACUCUGGAACUCGAAGCUUCUUCUGCAGAGGAUGACACCACAGAGGAGGUCCAGACAGAGGCAUCUGGACACACCACGAUUGAAAAUAAUGACAUGUCUUUAAAGGCUGAUGAUGAAAAUAAGGAUUCCUUGGAGAAAACAGUUAAAGAUUCUGAAUCCCCAGUGGUGACAGAAGCCCAGGAUACUGUUUCAAAGGAGGACAGUAAAGAUCAAGAACCUGCACUGGUACAAGAGGAUACUUUACACAAUGAUGAUGAAGAGGAGGUAAAAGGUGAGACAGACAUCACAGAGGAAGAGAUAGCUGUUGUAGAAAGUUCUUGUGCUGAGGCUGUAGAGGAGAAGAGAGAUGAGGCAUCAUCUACAGCUGAAGGGGAAUCUGUUCUUCUAAGCACUGCUGAGGCAGAGGACAGAGAACAAACUGAGAGCACUAUGGAGAUGGACAAGGAGUCCCAGCCAGAAGUUGUGAUGGAACUCAAUCUAGGAGAAUCAGACAUAGAUAAAGAGCCUGAACAAGAAUCUGCUCUAGAACAAUCAGAUGAAACAACACUAAUAACAGAGACCAGAUCAUUAAGAAGUGAACCCAUGACUGUCAUACCUACAUCCAGACACAGACACACAGCAGGAAAUCAGACAGCCCUACCAGAGACACCAGACACACCACCAGAGGAACCAGAAAAUGAACAGGACUUGUCAGAGGAGCAGUUAAAAGAAUGUGUAGCACCAGAGAUUCUCUCUGACGUACUAGACAACGACAAUGCCCAGUCUGAAACUAAGACUAUCGAGAUAGUAUACAAUGAUGAUGCCCAGACUGAAACUAAGAUCGCUGCAGAGGUUAUUCGGUUGGUCUCAUCUGAAACCAGCAACUCUGAAGAAACCCCUGAAGAUGUCUCUAAUGCAGCUGUUACCACUGAAGAAACCCCACCUGUAGCCACAACCGAGCAUGGAAACCUUUCAAUCACUGAAAAUGAAGUGGUUGAAACAAGAUCUCUAAGAAGUACGGCCAGACCCAUCGACACAGUUCUAACCCCCAGAACAACCAGAAGCAGUAAACGAAAGUUAGAGGAGGGGAUUGCUGAAAAAAGAACCACAAAACGAGGAAAGAGGUCAACUGGAAAAAAACGAGUAAGUAGGUCUAAGGCACAAACCCAGGACCUUGAAGCUUCUUCAGCAGAAGAUGACAUUACAGAGGAGGUCCAGAGAGAGACAUCUGGACACACAACUAUUGAAAAUAAUGACAUGACUUUAUCAAUGGAAGUGGAUGAAGAUGGGGUUGGCAAAGAUAAACCAAUGGAAGAGUUAGAAACCACUGUUCCAAAAGAGGACAGCAACGAACCUGCACUGGUAGAAAAAGAUGCUUUGCACAAAGAUGAAGAAGAGGUAAAAGGUGAGACAGACAUCACAGAGGAAGAGACAGCUGUUGUAGAAAGUUCUAAGACUGUAGAGGAGGAGAAUAGAGAGGAAGCAUCAUCUACAGCUGAUGUGAAAUCUGUUCUUCUAGGCAGUACUGAGGCAGAAGACACAGAAGAAACUGAGAGCACUAUGGAGAUGGACAAGGAGUCUGAGCCUGAAGCUGUGAUGGAACUCAACUUAGAAGAAUCACGCAUAGAUAAAGAGCUUGAACAAAAGUCUAUUCCAGAACAAUCAGAUGAAACAACAUCAAUAAUAGAAGCCAGAUCUGUAAGAGGUGAAACCAAGACUGCCACAGCUACAGCCCAGCCAGAGAGAUCAGACAAACCACAAGAGGAACCACAAAAUGAACAAGACUCAAAAGAGAAACAGUUAAAAGAAUGUGUAGCACCAGAGAUUUCCUCAGAGAUUGAAGAAAAUCCAUUUAAGAUCACUGCAGACGUUGUUCAGCUGGUCCCAUCUCAAACCAACAACCCUGAAGAAACCCCUGAAGAAUGCUUUGUAGAUGUCCCUGAUACAGCUGUAGCCACUGAAGCAGCCCCACAUAUAGCCAUAACUAAGCAUGAAAACCUUUCAGUCAGUGAAACUGAAGAAGUGGUUGAAACAAGAGCUCUAAGAAGUGGAGCCAGAGCCAUCAGCACAGUUUUAACCCCCAGAACAACCAGAAGUAGUAAACAAAAGGUAGAGGAAGAGACUGUUGAAAAAGCAACUAUAAAACAAGGCAAGAAGUCAACUGGAAGAAAACGAGUUAGCAGGUCUAAGACACACACUCAGGAACUUGAAGCUUCUUCAGCAGAGCAUGGCACCACAGAGGAGGUCGAGACAGAGACUUCGAGAGACACCACUAUUGAAAAUAAAGACAUAAAGCCAAAUGAUGAAAAUAGGGUUUCCUUGGAAGAACCAUUCAAAGAUUUUGAAUCUCCACUGGUGACAGAAAUACAGGAUACUGUUCCAAAGGAGGACAGCAAUGAUAAAGAACCUGCACUGGUAGAACAAGAUGCUUUGCACAGCGACGAAGAAGAAAAGGUAAAAGGGGAGACAGAUAUCACAGAGGAAGAGGCAGCUGUUGUAGAAAGUUCUACUGCUGAGGCUGUAGAGGAGAAGAAGAGAGAGGAGGCAUCAUCUACAGCUGACGUGGGAUCUGUUCUUCUAAGCAUUACUGAGGCAGAGGGCACAGAACAAACUGAAAGCACUAUGGACAUGCACAAGGAGUUCCAACCUGAAGCUGUGAUGGAACUCAACGUAGAAGUGUCAGGCAUAGAUAAAGAAGGACAGGAAUCUGUUCCGGAGCAAUCAGAAGAAAUAACAUCAAUAAUAGAGACCAGUUCUUUAAGAAGUGGACCCAUGACUGUCACAGCUACAGCAAGAAAUCAGGCAGCCCAACCAGAGGCACGAGACACACCACAAGAGGAAACACAAAAUGAACAAGACUCCAAAGAGAAACAGUUAAAAGAAUGUGUAGCACCAGACAUUCCCUCUGAGGUAGUAGACAAUGAUGAUGCCCAGACCAAAAGUAAGUUUGCUCCUGAGGUUGUUUGGUUGAUCCCAUCUCCAAUCAAGCACUCUGAAGAAACCCCCGAAGAGUAUUCUGAAGAUAUCACUUAUGCAGCUGUUGCCACUGAAGAACUUCCACCUGUAGCCACAACUGAGUAUGAAAACCUUUCAAUCUGUGAAACUGAAGAAGUGGUUGGGACAAGAGCUCGAAAAAGUGCAGCCAGAACCAUCAGCACAGUUCCAACCCCCAGAACAACCAGAAGUAGUAAUCGAAAGGUAGAGGAAGAGAUUGCUGAAAAAAUUAAAACAACAUCAAUAGUAGUGACAAGAUCUUUAAGAGGUGGAACCAAAACUGUCACAGCCACACCCAGGCGCAGAUACAGACCAAGAAAUCAGACAGUCCAACCAGAGACACCAGACACACCACAAGAGGAAACUCAAAAUGAACAAGACUCCAAAGAGAAACAGUUAAAAGAAUGUGCAGCACCAGAGAUUCCCACUGAGGCAGUAGACAAUGACGAUGCCCAGACUGAAACUAAGAUCGCUGCAGAUGUUGUUCACUUGGUCCCAUCUCAAACCAACAACCCUGAAGAAACCCCUGAAGAAUGUCUUGUAGAUGUCUCUGAUGCAGUUGUAGCCACUGAAGAAGCCCCACCUGUAGCCACAACCGAGCAUGAAAACCUUUUGGCCAGUGAAACCAAAGAAGUGGUUGGAACAGGAUCUCUAAGAAGUGCAGCCAUCAGCACAGUUUCAACCCUCAUAACAACCAGAAGUACUAAACGAAAGGUAGAGGAAGAGAUUGCUGAAAAAAGAACCAUCAAACGAGGCAAGAAGUCAACUGGAAGAAAACGAGUAAGCAGGUCUAAAGCACAAACCCAGGAGCUCGAAGCUUCUUCAGCAGAGGAUGACAUUACAGAGCAGGUCCAGACAGAGACAUCUGGACACACAACUCUUGAAAAUAAUGACAUGCCUCUAUCAAUGGAAGUGGAUGAAGAUGGUGUUGGCAAAGAUAAACCAGUGGAAGAUUUAGAAACCACUGUUCCACAAGAGGACAGCAAAAAUGAACAACCUGCACUGACAGAACAAGAUGCUUUGCACAAAGACGAAGAAAAGGUAAAAGGUGAGACAGACAUCACAGACGAAGAAAGAGCUGUUGUAGAAAGUUCUAGUAUUGAGGCUGCAGAGGAAGAGAAAAUAGAGGAAGCAUCAUCAACAGCUGAUGCAAAAUCUGCUCUGCUAACCACUACUGAGACAAAGGAUGGUGAACAAACUGAGAGCACUAUGGAGAUGGACAAGGAGUUCCAGCCUGAAGCUGUGAUGGAACUCAAUGUGGAAGAAUCAGGUAUAGAUAAAGAGCCUGAACAAGAAUCUGUUCCAGAACAAUCAGAUGAAACAACAUCAAUAGUAGUGACUAGAUCUUUAAGAGGUGGAACCAAGACUGUUACACCUACACCCAGGCGCAGAUACAGACCAAGAAAUCAGACAGUCCAACUAGAGACACCAGACACACCACAAGAGGAAACUCAAAAUGAACAAGACUCCAAAGAGAAACAGUUAAAAGAAUGUGUAGCACUAGAGAUUCCCUUUGAAGUAGUAGACCAUGAUGAUGCCCAGACUGAAACUAAGAUCGCUGCAGAUGUUGUUCACUUGGUCCCAUCUCAAACCAACAACCCUGAAGAAACCCCUGAAGAAUGUCUUGUAGAUGUCUCUGAUGCAGUUGUAGCCACUGAAGAAGCCCCACCUGUAGCCACAACCGAGCAUGAAAACCUUUUGGCCAGUGAAACCAAAGAAGUGGUUGGAACAGGAUCUCUAAGAAGUGCAGCCAUCAGCACAGUUUCAACCCUCAUAACAACCAGAAGUACUAAACGAAAGGUAGAGGAAGAGAUUGCUGAAAAAAGAACCAUCAAACGAGGCAAGAAGUCAACUGGAAGAAAACAAGUUAGCAGGUCUAAAGAACAAACCCAGGAGCUUGAAGCUUCUUCAGCAGAGGAUGACAUUACAGAGGAGGUCCAGAGAGAGAGAUCUGGGCACACAACUAUUAACAAUAAUGACAUGCCUCUGUCAAAAGAAGUGGAUGAAGAUCGGGUUGGCAACGAUAAACCAAUGGAAGAUUUAGAAACCACUGUUCCACAGGAGGACAGCAAAGAUGUAGAACCUGCACUGACAGAACAAGAUGCUUUGCACAAAGAAGAAGAGGUAAAAGAUGCCACAGACAUCACUGAGGAAGAAACAGCUGUUGUAGAAAGUUCUAGUGCUGAGGCUGUAGAGGAGAAGAGAGAAGAGACAUCACCUAUAGCUGAAGUGGAAUCUGAUCUUAUAAACACUACUGAGGCAGAGGACACUGAAGAAAUUGAGAGCACUGUGGAGAUGGAAAAGGACUCCCACCCUGAAGCUGUGAUGGAACUCAACAUAGACGAAUCGGGUAUAGAUAAAGAGCCUGAACAAAAAUCUGUUUCAGAACAAUCAGAUGAAACAACAUCAAUAGUAGAGACCAGAUCGUUAAGAAGUGGACCCAAGACUGUAACAGCUACACCCAAGGGCAGGUACAUGGCAAGAAAUCAGACAGCCCAACCAGAGACACCAGACACACCACCAGAGGAACCACAAAAUGAACAAGACUCCAAAGAGAAACAGUUAAAAGUAUGUGCAGCACCAGAGAUUCCCACUGAGGCAGUAGACAAUGACGAUGCCCAGACUGAAACUAAGGUCACUGCAGAGGUUGUUCAGUUAGUCCCUUCUCAAACCAACUACCCUGAAGAAACCCCUGAAGUAUGUCCUGAGCAUGUCUCUGAUGCAGUUGUAGCCACUGAAGAGGCCCUACCUGUAGUCACAACCGAGCGUGAAAACCUUUCAUUCAGUGAAACUGAAGUGGUUGAAACAAGAGCUCGAAAAAGUACGGCCAGAUCCAUCAGCACAGUUCUAACCUCUAGAACAACCAGAAGUAGUAAACGAAAGGUAGAGGAAGAGAUUAUUGAAAAAAGAACCAUAAAACAAAGCAAGAAGUCAACUGGAAGAAAACGAGUAAGCAGGUCUAAGGCACAAACUCAAGAACUCGAAGCUUCUUCUGCAGAGGAUGACACCAUAGAAGAGGUCCAGACAGAGACAUCUGGACACACCACUAUUGUAAAUAAUGACAUGUCUUUAAAGGCCGGUGAUGAAAAUAAGGAUUCCUUGGAGAAAACAGUUAAAGAUUCUGAAUCCCCAGUGGUGACAGAAACCCAGGAUACUGUUUCAAGGGAGAACAGUAAAGAUCAAGAACCUGCACUGGUACAAGAGGAUACUUUGCACAAUGAUGAUGAAGAGGAGGUAAAAGGUGAGACAGACAUCACAGAGGAAGAGAUAGCUGUUGUAGAAAAUACUAGUGCAGUAGUAGAGGAGGAGAAGAGAGAGGAGGCAUCAUCUGCAGCUGAAGGGGAAUCUGUUCUUCUAAGCAGUACAGAGGCAGAGGACACAGAACAAACCGAGAUCACUAUAGAGAUGGAGUCCCAGCCAGAAGCUGUGAUGGAACUCAAUGUAGGAAAAUCAGACAUGGACACGGAACAAGAAUCUGUUCCAGAGCAAUUAGAUGAAACAGCAGCAAUAGUAGAGACUAGAUCUUUAAGAAGUGGACCAAAGACUGUGAUAGCUACACCCAGACGCAGACAUGCAGAGGAAAAUCAGACAGCCCAACCAGAGACACCAGACAGACCACAGGAGGAACCACAAAAUGAACAAGAGGAGCGGUCAAAAGAAGACAUAGCACCAAAGAUUCCCUCUGAGGUAAUAGACGAUACCCAGUCUGAAACUAAGACUUCUGACGUAGAAGACUAUGUUGAUGCUGAGACUCAAACUAAGAUAAUUCCAGAGAUUCCUCUGGUUUAUCUUCCCAGAGUGGCUGUGGUCUUGGUAGAUGUCCAAAAAGUACAGGUUAUAAAAUCCGUCAAUGAGACUGCUACAUCAGAGCAACAGGAAAAUAUCAAAGACAGAGUGGACAGUUUCAUAGAAGAAGAUCAAGAUGCAGUAGAGUCCAAUCCAAAACAAGCUGAAGAAGCAGAGAUGGACCCGGCAGAAGGUCAUCGGGAUCAUAGUGACAGUCAGGUACCCCUAAUAUUGGAGAAUACGGACAGCUCCUCCAGUAGAGUAGAUGAUCUGCUACCUGAAAAAGCAUUUCUGGUUUCACCUGCUAGUCCUUGCUCAGAAGAGGACCUUGAGAGACCAGUUACACCAUCUCCAAAAAGAACAAGGCAGUCAGAUAUCCAGCGGGAGAAACCAAAAUUUGAGGAUGUACAAAAGGGAUCUGUUGAAGCACAUGACACUGAAAAAGAAAAAGCUAAUCCACACUCAUGCCAAACACCUAGACGAUCUUCACGUAAAAGAGCCAGAGUUGACUACCGAGACAAUGAUGACAAGUCCGAAUCUCUUACAUCAGAGGACAUCUCAAAAGAUACCCUGACCAGCAGAAGAUUUAGCUCUGAGCCACAGAGUGAAGAAGAGGAGUCAUCCGAGGGCAUUGUUCUGAGCCUGCAUCUGGAUGAAGAGGAGGAAGAGAGUGCAUCAGAUGAGGAGUUAUUAGUCAUCACAGGGAAGAAUCUAAGGAGCAGGUCUGUUCCAUCCAUCAUAAUCAGUCCCCAUUCUAAAGCCACUCCUCUGCGUUCUGCACUCCGCACCCCAAAACCAUGUCCAGAGCACACUCCCCGACAGAAGAGGCACAGUGCCAAAGCCUCGCUAUGCUACACAUCCAAAUGCCCAAGAAAGUAGGUCCCUUUCAUUUAGUUUAGUUUGUUUCUCAGAUAUGCCAGGUAGAUAUGAGGUUUUGUUAUUUUUGCCUCCCUUUCCUGUGUCUAUGCAUGCUUUUAUAUUACAGCAUUAUUAUUAAUCUGUAUUUUAUGGGUUCAUAAGCAGAGGUGGGUAGUACUCAGUUACAUUUACUUAAGUAACUUUUUAAAGAAAUUUUACUUUUCAGAAUACUAAUAAUCUCAUACAUUGUUACUCUUACUGUGGGUAAAUCUACAAGUGACAAAAGCUUUAUUUUGACGAUAUGAAAUGAUUUGAACAUUUGCAUUUCUUGCAGCACUCCCUCAGAUAUGAUUUAGUUUUCCUUCCAAUUACAUGAACUUCAAAUUAUAAAACAGACAUUACGUCCUGUCUGUUACUCUUUAAAGAAGGGGUAUUAUGCAAAAUCUUUUUUUUUAAGCUUUCUACUAUGUUAUAUUGUAUCCCUUCCUCAAAAACAUGCCUGAAGAGGUUUUAGAUGUCAUCCAGGCAUGUUUGAGUAACUUUGCGAUCUCUCCUGGGCCCUAUUUUAAUCCUCCUUAUGGUUAACUGUAAGAUUCUGCGCUUUAAUUUUCUCUUACUUGGGUAGUACUUUCCCAAACACUUACCCAAGUAACUUCUUGGACCACUACUUUGUACUUCUAUUUGAAUAUUAUUUUAAAGGAACGUUACUCUUGCUUGAGUACAAUGUUGGCUACUCUACCCACCUCUGUUCAUAAAAAUAGGCUCCUGUUUAAAAUGAUUUGAUAUUGUGUGAUUAACAUGUAAUAUGAAGUGAAUCUUUCGCAUCAGUCGACACAAAGUUGAACACAAAUUAUAUUCUGCUGUUUUGAGUACAUUUGGCUGUCAAACUCACCCCUUGACAUUUUGUAUAUUUUGUACAGACUUUCUAGGAUUCCGACACAGACCAGCCCAUAGAGUAUGCAGUAGUAUUUUGGGUGUUUUUUACUUCACGGGGCUGUUUUGUACUUAUAGAUUUAGAGAGAUAGAACCACAUUUCCAACUCAAGCCAACCUCAGGUGAUCACAAGUCCUUUAACUUUUAUAUUCCACAUCUAUCUCUGUUGUUAUUUUUUCCGCAACACUUGUAGUUGUGUUAUUUUCAAUGCUUAAAGUGAGACUAAACACCUAAACUCUGCCCACAACCACAUUUCAAUGAAAGCAGCUAAACUGGGCAGUAUCUGGAAGACUGAAGAGAGUGGGGGCGUGGUCUGGACAUAUGAAAAACUGUGAUUGGUUUAACAUGUAUCCACACUUCAAACACCCCUGCAACCUGGCUGUAAUCAGGGCAGUGCUGUGUGGUGUCACCAACUAUUGGAAAUUGCAGAGGCCACUGGGGCAGCACAAACUUAGAUUUAGGUAUUUUGACAAGAAAGCUGGAAAUUGCCAAAAAUGUAUAUUGAAAUGCUAUACAAAAACCAGAUACACAGUGGAGGUGGAUUUAGUGUUGAGUACCACUUUAAGAAAGGUAAAGAGACUGUCAUGCGAACUAUUUUAUCUUGUGAUUUCAUGGUAAAUUGAUAUC